CCAAAGCCUCCCGGGAUCGGGCCACACGCUUCGAGCCCCGCAAAGUAAACAUAGUCCGAGGCCAAGCGUUGCAGGACACAGGCCCCUUUGUGAGAAGCAGACCGGCCUGGGGGCUGGGAGCAGGCUACCUACGGCUGCAUGUUGAAGAAAAUGGGUGAGGCUGUGGCCAGAGUUGCAAGGAAGGUCAACGAAACAGUGGAGAGCGGCUCUGACACCCUGGACCUGGCAGAGUGCAAGCUGGUUUCCUUCCCCAUUGGCAUCUACAAGGUCCUGCGGAAUGUCUCUGACCAAAUCCACCUCAUCACGCUGGCGAACAAUGAGCUCAAGUCCCUCACCAGCAAGUUCAUGACCACGUUCAGUCAGCUCAGAGAACUCCACCUGGAAGGGAACUUCCUACAUCGUCUCCCCAAUGAGGUCAGCAGCCUGCAACACCUCAAGUCUAUUGAUCUGUCCCGGAACCAGUUCCAAGACUUCCCUGAGCAGCUGACCACCCUGCCAGCACUGGAGACUAUUAACCUAGAGGAGAAUGAAAUUGUGGAUGUGCCAGUGGAGAAGCUGGCCGCCAUGCCUGCCCUGCGCACCAUCAACCUCCGCUUCAACCCACUGAAUGCCGAGGUGCGCGUGAUCGCCCCACCCCUCAUCAAAUUUGACAUGCUCCUGUCUCCAGAAGGCGCUCGGGCCCCUCCACCGUAGACCACCCUCCUCGUGCCCACCCAGCAAGGGACAGUGGCCACUGG